AUGUUAGGAGCAUGGCGCUGGUCUGAUACAAAGCUGAGCGUUGAAGAGAGAUUAGCAGUCACGAUGAGCGAUGCUGGUGCUUCAAUAACCGCCACAUCGUUCACGAAUUUCGUUGAUUCUGUUAUUGUGAUCGAGAUUAGUUGUUGGAAUACAAGUUUAGAGCCGUUCAUGCAUCGAUUAUUUGGCACUAAAUAUGCACCGUUCAUCCUUCGGAAGGAUGUUAUGGUCGUUUCAUGGGUGUUGUUCUUCGCCUAUGCGACACUCGCGAUUUAUGGAUGUUCAUCGAUCGCCGUGGAUAUCAGUCCGAAAAAAUACGUCAGAGAUAAUUCACCAAUUCAAACAUUCGUCCAUCUCGCUGAUAAAUACAUAUGGGCUGACAAUGUAAUGCCAAUAUUUUACGUGAUGAAGCCACCGGAUCUGAGGAACGCGCGUGCUCGAGCGCGCCUCAAUGAGUUGGUCUAUCGACUCGAACACACUAAAUAUAGCAUUGGUCGUGUCUCAACUAGUUUCUGGCUGUGGGAAUAUCAGAGAUUUUUGAAUGACUUCCCUGACAUUGAUUAUGAGACUGAAUUCUAUGAUCAGAAACAUCUAUCAGACUUUUUUGCGCAGUUCGAUUAUAAACAAUACCGAGAGUUUGUGAAGAUAAAGGAAAACUCUGUUAAUGGCGAACCUUGCAUUGCUGCAUUUAGCUUCCAGACGAGUUUUUACGGUCUUGACUCGUGGAAUAAAAGAGAGGUUGAAUUGUUUCACUGGCGAAGAAUAUUAUCAGACUACACCGAGUUUGAUGUAGUUCUUGCCGGUAUACUAUCACCGUUUUUAAUUGAUCAACGUCACAAUAUAGCUCCGUCGUCAAUGCAAGCAAUUGGCUCCGCAAUUGCCAUUAUGGGUUUCAUAUCGGUCUUUUUCCUGCCUGACAAGGUAUUCUCAUCUGAGCGUUCCCGAUGUUUUCGUCCAGAUUUUUUUCUACUUUUCGAUUAUCUGUGUAGGGAAAUGAUCGUUGCAGUAGUAUAUUUUGAGAAAUGUAUAUUUUGUAGCAUAUUUUGUAGUAUAUUUUGA